AUGGCGGACUUCGGCGACGAGCUCUUCCUCGACGUCGGCGACGACGGGUUCAGGAGACCUCUCCUACGUCUCCUUCUCCGAGUCCAUCGAGUUGAUCUCGCCUGCCCACGCCACGUCCUCUCCCGGGCUUCGAUCCCGAAACCUAACCCCCACCCUGGGUCUCCCAUCUCCUUCGACUCCGACCCCGACCUCCGCUGCCCUCUCCCCUCGCUGACCCGCUCCCCGCCCUUCUGGGACUGCCUCGACGAAGACGCCGCUAGCUUCGAGUGGGAGGAGAUCGCGGACGCUGCCCCGGCGUCGGCAGUGGCGGUGGCGCGGCGUCGGGUGGGAGCUGGGCUCCCGGCGUCGCUGGACGACGAGUUCGAGAUUCUGCCGGGGUACGUCGUGGACGUGGGCGGCGCCCGCCGGCGGCGCGUGCGGCAGUGGAGCGGCUCCAGGUGGUGGCCGUCAGAGGGCAAGGAGGCUGCGCAGGGUGCGUGUGUGCAAGGAAGGGAUGGAACAGGGGAGUUUCGCCACAGGGCUGCCGUGCGGGCAUUUCUACCACGGGCGUGCAUUGGCCCAUGGCUUGCCAUCCGGAACACGUGCCCAGUGUGCCGGUACGAGCUGCCUACUGACGACCCUGAGUACGAGAGGCGGAGGGCGAGGCGCCGUUCCGCUGGUGGCUCAACGCCACAGUCGGGUACACCGAUGCAAAUUUGA